AUUAAAACAAACAAAAAAAAUUCCCAUUUGGGUCACGAAAGAAAACCUUACUAAAGUCGACGGAGCAAAGAGACCAAAACAAAAGCUCAAAAUUGAAGCUUGAUUGAUCGUGUACCAUUAGGGAUGGGGUCUGUCUCUAUGGGUUCCAAAAAGUUGAAUACAUGUUGUGUAGCUUCAAUGAAUCGUCUUCCAGACGAGCUUCUUGUCCAAAUAUUGUCAUUGCUUCCCACUAAACAAGCUGCUUCAACAUCUGUUUUCUCCAAGAGGUGGAGGACUCUGUUUGCUUUCCGGCAUGACCUUGAUUUUGACGACUCCAUCUUUUGGCACCCAGAAGAGGGUAAACAGGAUAGGGACGACAUUCAAGAGAGUUUCCGGUCUUUUGUGGAUAGAACAUUGGCUUUGCAAGGCGGUGCCCCUAUCAACAAGUGCUCACUUAAAUGUGGAAAUGAACAUGACGAUGAACCUGACGAUGUUCAUGUUGAUCGCUGGAUAAGUAAUGCCCUGGAACUCGGUGUCUCUGAGCUUCAUCUAUGCUUAUCAUCUGUGACUAGACAUCUUUUCCCAUCCAAUAUCUUCAGCAGCACAACACUGGUUAAGCUGACGUUGGGAACAAAACUCAGCAUCCACAGUUUUCCUUCUGAUACGUCUCUCCCAGCACUCAAGGUUCUCUUUCUUGAUUCGAUUUGGUGUGACAUUGAAGAGUUCUCUGGUGUGUUUCUCGCUGGUUGCCCUGCACUUGAGGACUUAACCAUACAGCACAAUGAUUCAUUUCCAGGAAUGACAGGCGUCAUAUCCAGCAAAACCAUUAAGAGACUCUCCAUUUCCUAUAACUAUGCUGAUUAUGUUGAAUUUUGUAGCAUUUAUGCACUUGACACUCCAAAUGUUGUCGACCUCUACUACUCUUGUUAUGCUCGGCCUUGGUAUUCACAUUGUAAUUUGGAUUCACUUGCCAAAGCUACGCUGGACCUUCGUAUGUUAGAAGGUGAGGGGGUGAUUGAUGCCGAUGUGACGGAGCUCAUCAAUGGGAUACACAACGUCAAGACCCUUCACUUGACUUUUUCUUCUGUUGAGGUGAUUUCGGUAUGCUGCAAAGGUGGACUACCAGUGUUCGAAAACCUCGUUGAUUUAGUGUUUUUGGGUAACAUAGGCCAAGGUUGGAAAGUGCUACUGCCACUCCUGCUUGAGAAUUCUCCAAAUCUAAAAACUCUGGUUCUCUCGGCUCUGGAUCAUUGGACAUAUAGAUAUUGCUUUGUGGGGAUUCGCAUUACCCCAAAGAACCAAGUAAAGAUGCUGAGUAUCAUGCAGUAUGAAGGAAGUGCAAAGGAGCUGAAACAAAUUAGCCAUUUUUUACUGAAAAUGGAGUGUCUUGAAGUAUUGAAAGUUUAUGCUGCAGCUGCAAUCAAUGACUCUAAAAAGAUACAACUCACAGAGGAUCUGUUGAAGCUUCCUAGAGCAUCAUCUAAGCUCAAGAUACAAGUCAUGUGAUCAUCAUCCCUAACUAAGGUAUUUUUCGGCAAAAAAUCAAAUUGUAAGUGUUUCUUUUUUCUUUGUUUUAGUGAUUUAUGAUGUAAUAUUGCAUCUACUAUAUACCCUGCCUAGUCCAUGUUUAGGGGUUUAUGAGGUAUUUUGGUCCUUAAGUUAUUGGCUUCUUGAACAAUUGUAGUAUUGGUGAUAUUAUAUUCUCCAGCAAAACGGGAACAGUAUUGGUGAUGUUCUUGAUUUUUGUUU